AAAGUUUUGGUGAUUCAUUCAAAUUCAAUUCGUUCAUACUAAGGUUUCUCUCUCCUUCUCACUCUCUCUCUCUCUCUCUUCAUAUUUCGCCGGAAAAGAUGAAGCUGAAAGAGUUAGAAGGUCACUUAGGUUCUCUCGACCAAUUCUCUAACCCAAAGAUUGAGCUUGAACAAUAUCCAACAGGACCUCACAUCGCUUCUAGAAUGCUUUUCACUGCAGAGAAUUCUUUUGGGGAUGUGAGCAACAAAGUAGUAGCUGACUUUGGAUGUGGUUGUGGUACUUUAGGCAUUGCCGCUGCCCUUUUGAGCGCAGAACAUGUUUUUGGCAUUGAUAUUGAUCCAGAAUCGCUUGAAAUAGCAUCCCUUAAUGCCGAGGAACUCGAGCUGGAUAUCGAUUUUAUUCAGUCUAAUGUUUUGGAUUUGGUUUGGAGAGGUCCAAUUGUUGAUACAGUUAUAAUGAAUCCUCCAUUUGGAACUCGUAAAAAGGGUGCAGAUUUAGAUUUUCUUUCUGUUGCCUUGAAGGUUGCUUCUCAAGCUGUUUAUUCUUUGCAUAAGACUUCAACAAGAGAUCAUGUGAAACGCUCAGCUUUAAGGGAUUUCAAUGCUAGAAGUGCUGAAGUUAUCUGUGAGCUUCGGUAUGAUGUACCAAAAUUGUACAAAUUUCAUAAGAAGAAAGAGGUUGAUAUUGCAGUUGACCUAUGGCGAUUUGUACCUGCAAGUCAUCAAAGCAGAAGCAUCUAGUGCAUACAUAAUUUGUGUUAUAUUGCAAUAGAUGAUAAGAUUGGAAAUUAAUGAAGAAAUUUUUGUUAUGUACCUAUUUAAGAAAGAUAUUUAUGUGUUUUUCCUCUCAGUCUCUUACAAGCUCUUGUUUAGACUGGUUGAUUUCUCAUUGGUAAUUGAGCACAACUUAUAAAUUGUUUAUGUCAUCAAA